AUGAUCCUCAAAGCUCCACAGAAAUUCCGAGUUAAACUAUCCGCUCGGUCCUCUCCACGUGCCCUUUCAUUAGCCUGCUCGUCACCGAUCACACCCGAAGGUCUGUACGCCGUACGAGAUGUCUCCACGGAAAAAAGAUCCGACGAUGGGUAUUACACCCCACCAGAUGCUUCACGUCUUAGUGGCGACAUUCGCACCUCGCUUAUUCCUUCUUUUGAUACGGUGGAAAAGAGUGGCUACUGGAAUCAGAUGUCCGAUUCACGAUUAAAAUCUUUGAAAAGACGAUUUGUAGUGCUCAAAAAUAAUCAACUUAGCUUCUAUAGAACAGCUGUAAGUUGUUAUGACUUAUGCAAUGUUUAUUAAUU